AUGUCACCUCGCCUGGGCACUAACCACCAGCCUGUCGGGCCAGAGUCUCAUCUGGGAGCCGCUUCCAAGUCUCACACCCUAAGACCCUUCCUGAUGGAGACGGCAGCCUCGGAGCGGGCCUGCACGGACUCACGGGUCAGGAACCCCCGCAUUCACCUCCUCUACGAGGAUGGGGCCUCGAGUCACACGCCAAUCACAACUGACACACCUGCCGCCUCUCAAGAUGUGAAGUCCAGCAAAGUUCGUCGUUAA